UAAAAAAUUCAAAGUUGAUUGAUCUGAAUUUUCCAGAGGUUCCAAGGACGCACAUGUCUACGUUGAUCACGUCCAUCACGAUCGUCAUCUCAAAAAGGUCGCUCAACCCCUAGACAUGAACUAACGCAAGAGUCUAUUUUUAAAAUUCCCUCUUUCCCUUCAUCUUCCUCAUUUUUUUGUCAUCUUUUUCAUCAUCAUCGAAUCUACGGUAGGACAUACUUUUGGUUAGUGUUGGACUCAGUGCGUCCCUUCAAACACGAGACCGCACCAGUGAAACAUGAGAAUUUCAGUCAGUCAGAGACAUAGCAAGUAACUCAACUGCAAGCAGUAUGAUUCUCCUCUUAAUAUUCUUCUUCGCGUUGAACAGCCUCGCGGAUAUCGUGGUAGCCGCACCGGUCACCACGUAUCUAAAUCACGAAGACGCUUCCUCAGAAGUUGACCAGGACGACCUCGCCGAAGACAUCGAAUUCAAACUGGAAGCCGGAAGGUACAUCGACAUCGACAUGGAGGAACCUGGCGGCCUCAUCCUCCUGGGGACGACCCACAGCGACGACAAGAACAUCCACAUCGAGGAUAGUCAACUCUUUGUCGAUGACGUCCUCGUCUGCACCGAUAUCACCCACUUGAAGGAACACGCGGUCUUCCAGCGUUCGGUCGAGGGGUCGUCUUGGUUCGCCAAUAUCGAUAUCGGAGUUCCGAUGACCUCCGAAGAGGUGGACCGGUUCGAGGUCGAGUUCGCUGUGCAUAGACGGGAGGCUCACAAGAGAGAGGCCGAGGAGGCUGCCGGUUCCGAGGAGAUUUGGGCCGAACUCCGGGAGUGGCGCGAUGAGAUGGAGGAAUCUCUGAUGGGUGAUGAUGGUAAUGCCGAAGACACGGAUGCUACUCACGAUAACAGUUCUGAAUUUCUCCAGAAUAACCAUAACUCCCCUCUCCCAUAAUCUGCGAUACAGUGAUCCGAUGUAAAAUUCCUAAGGCC